AUUAAAUUGAUGGUUAGAAUUGAACAAGUUUCUUAUAAGUAACCCCACAGAAUUGAAGAAAAACUUGUAUGAAUUUGGAUUGGGCCCUGUGUUUUACAUUGAACGAGAUCAAAACGAGACGGCACUCUGACUGGUUGGUUUAUUGAAGCUGGCCAAUCAGAACGCUAAAACCUGUCUUGUUUCGAUAUCAUUCAACAUAUAACAAACUUAGACUAAGCCUUCUGAUUAUGCUCAUAGUUACUAAUCUAAGUAUAGUUUCAAAACAAGUAUCUUUAUAAUUAUAUUGUAGAAACUCGAUUAUCCGGCCCUCAGUUAUACGGAUUCGCGAUUAUCCGGACUGCCCGGCUAUUGUUUUAUGUAGUUAGUUUUCAGUCAAUUCGUCGCUCGGCCGCCUCUACUUAUCUACUCGUCGUCUACUUAUUCAAAAAUGUCAAAACGUAAGAGAGUGGUAUUAUCGCUUAAAGAUAAAAUAAAUAUUAUUGAUUCAAUUAAAAAAGGAGAAACCGGUCGUAAGUUAGCUGAUCAGUAUGGUGUGGGUACAUCCACGAUAAGUGAUAUAAAAAAGAAUGCCGAUUCAAUUUUGUCGUACACUUGUAAAUUAGAUACUCAAGACGGAAGUAAACAUCGGAAAAUGAUGAAGAAACCGAAAAAUGAACUUUUAGAAGAUGCUUUGUAUUGUUGGUUUUUACAAAAACGAUCAACUGGGCAACCGAUAUCCGGUCCUUUGCUCUGUGAAAAAGCGUUAGAGUUAAAUAAAAAAAUAGGUGGCAAUGAAUCGUUUGUGGCAAGUAACGGAUGGUUGUACAGAUUUAAAUCACGUCAUGGGAUUCGUGAAUUGGAAAUUCAAGGUGAAAAAAUGUCAGCUAAUGUAGAUGCAGCAAAUUCUUUUAAAAAUAAUUUUAAGAAGAAUUUGGAUGAAAAUAACUAUGACAUGGAUUUUGUUUAUAAUGCUGAUGAAACCGGGUUAAACUGGAAGUCUUUGCCUUCGAAAUCUUUAGCUUCGAGGCGAGAGAAUUCAGCUCCAGUAGAAAACAUAUUGCAAGAAGAUGAAACAGAAGAAAAUCUAGACGUGGAAAAUGAUGCAGGACCAUCUCAUGAUGAAGCACUUCAUGCCCUAGAGACAGCUCUCAAGUGGUUUGAAAAACAAACAGAGAGUGAUACUGUGAGUUUAUUACAGCUGAAACGAAUUCGUGAUAUAGCAGCAAUGAAGAGAAAAAGUGGUUUACGUCAAAUGACAAUUACCAAAUAUUUUAAACCAAAUUAAACUUAUUAUUUUUUAACAAAUUAAACAUAUGUAAUCUAAGAAAAUGUAUCUCUUAAUUAUUCCUUAAUAAAUAUUGAUUUUCGUUGAUAUAUAUUUGUUGUUUUUAAUAAAUGUACCACAUAUGUAUGCAUAAAACCCGAUUCCCCCCCUAUUCUUCAUACAUUCGAUUAUCCGAAUGCCUAACGACAACAAUUAGUCCGGUUAGUCGAGUUUCUACUGUAGGUUGAAAGGUAGGGGAGAAACUGUAUUUGUUUUUUGUUAAUAAUGGAUGAAAUCUAACAACUAUUAGCUCUGACACUCCUUUAGAAAUGAAAAGGUUUCUAAUAGUAAUGUCCCCUUACAUUUAGAUUAAAAUUGUUCAACGGGCCUCUGCGAGUUGGCUUCGGCCCCUCGUACGCCUUCCAAAGGUCCGGGACCCUGUGGUCCCGUGAUUAUGUAAAAAACAAAUAAUGUCACAUAGAUCAGCAAUAUUAUAACUAACUAC